AUGUGCAAAGGAAACGAUCACCAGGAAUUCUACGAGCCUAAGAUUCUCGCCAUUGGGCCUUACCACCAUGUAAAACCUAACCUAGAUUCCAUGGAGAAAAAGCUCCCAAAAAAUGCAAAGUAUACUUCUCCGGAUAUUCAGAAAGAUGUAUUGAAUGUUAUUGCCAACCAAGUGAGAACAAAGAUUCGCCAAGAGAUCGGGGAUGCCAAAUUCUGCAUUUUAGUUGACGAAGAAAGAGAUGCAUCUAACAAGGAGCAGAUGUCUAUUGUGUUAAGAUUUGUGGAUAUUGAUGGGGUUUUACGAGAACCGUUCUUUGCCAUUGUAAAUGUGGCUGAUACAACUGCUACAACACUUAAGAAAGAAAUAUCUGAUGUUCUUGGUCGUUAUGACUUGCAUAUCCAUAACAUGAGGGGACAAGGAUACGAUGGUGCUAGCAAUAUGCGUGGCUCUUGGAAUGGAUUACAGGCUCUUUUUUUGAAAGAAUGUUCAUGUGCAUAUUAUGUACAUUGUUUUUCUCAUCGGCUUCAACUAGCAUUAAUUGCGGCUGCCGAAAAAGAGGUAUCUAUUUGGUUAUUUUUUUCGAAAUUGAAUUCUAUAUGUAAUCUUAUUAAUGCAUCUCCUAAAUGUCAUGUCGAGUUACAUUUUGCUCAAAGAAAUGAAAUUGCACAUAUGGUAGCUACUGGUGAACGUGAUACCGGUAGAGGUUGUAAUCAGAUUGGAAAUUUAUUACGGUCAGGAAAGACUCGUUGGAGUUCUAAUUUUGACUCACUUUGUAGCAUGGUUGAUAUGUAUGGCUCUGUGAUCACUGUUUUAGAAAAUAUGGUGGAUGAGGGGUCUUCUAACUCCAUUCGUGGUGAAGCUAGUGGUUUGUUGAUUACGAUGAAGUCUUUUGAUUUCAUAUUCAUUCUACACUUAAUGAAAAAGAUAAUGGGAUUAACAAAUCUACUUUUUCGAGCAUUGCAAGAGAGAUCUCUAGAUAUUUUAAAUGCAAUGGAGCAUGUUUCAACUACUAAAACUUUGCUUCAUGUUUUGAGAGAGCAAGGGUUUGAUAAUUUACUCGGUUGCGUGGAAGAAGUUUCUAAAAAGUAUGACAUUGAGAUACCUCAGAUGGAAGCUUGUUACAAAUCUAGUAGAAGUCGUUCUUGUCAACAAAAGGAUUCGAUUACAGUUACGCACCACUAUCAAUUUGAUCUAUUUGUUGCUGCAAUAGAUUUUCAAAUUGAAGAGCUCAAUAGUAGAUUCAAGGACGAGGCAGUCGAACUUCUUAAGCUCAGUGGUGCUUUGGAACCUAAAGACAACUUUAAACUUCUUAAUGUUGAUCACAUCUAUCAACUUGCUGAGAAAUUCUAUCAUCUAGAUUUUGAUGCACAAGAUUUUCACCACUUGAGAACACAAUUGGCUCACUAUGAGUUUGACAUGCCCGUCAAUGAAAGAUUUCAAAAUUUAUCAACUAUUUCUGAAUUAUGUCGAAGAUUAGUUGAGACAAAUAAGUCAAAAACCUACAAUUUGAUCGAUAGGUUGAUUCGUCUUGUUUUAACUCUUCCCGUUUCUACAGCAACAACAGAUCGAGCAUUUUCAGCUAUGAAGCUCGUGAAAACAACUCUUCGUAACAAGAUGGAAGAAAAGUUUUUAACAGAUUCUAUGAUCGUCUAUAUUGAACGAGAGUUGUCUGAAAACAUUGAUAAUGAUACAAUAAUUAAAGAAUUUUAUUCUAAGAAGAAUAGAAGGGCACAACUUCAAUAA